GUGCGGUCAGCACCAAUUUCUGUGAUGAGAUUGUGGAGUCAGCUGAUGCAUAUGUCUUUGUUGGCCCAAUCUUCAACGAUUACAGCUCUGUGGGUUAUUCUUUGCUGAUCAAGAAAGAGAAAUCGGUGAUUGUGCAGCCCAACCGGGUGACUGUUGGUAAUGGCCCUUCCUUCGGUUGGGUUUUCAUGGCUGAUUUCUUAACUGCACUUGCACAGAAGCUCAAGAAGAAUACCACAGCCUUGGACAAUUAUCGACGGAUCUUUGUACCACCCUGCCUUCCUCUCAAACGCGAGAGCAAUGAGCCUUUGAGGGUCAACAUCCUUUUUAAGCAUAUCCAGAACAUGUUGAGUGGAGAUACGGCGGUUAUCUCAGAGACUGGUGACUCUUGGUUCAACUGCCAAAAGCUUAGAUUGCCGGAGAAUUGUGGAUAUGAGUUCCAGAUGCAGUAUGGGUCUAUUGGAUGGUCAGUUGGUGCCACUCUUGGAUAUGCGCAAGCUGCCAAGGAUAAACGUGCAAUUGCUUGCAUAGGAGAUGGGAGCUUCCAGGUGACGGCGCAGGAUAUUUCCACAAUGAUCCGUUGUGGGCACCGAAGCAUUAUAUUUCUGCAUAUUACAGUAUCAAUACAUGAUACAUUGCGAUCUUUGUGCCCUGCUGAUCAUCUGAUUGCUGUAGCCUGGUUAUUUUUGUGCAGCUAUACUGCUAGAGAGAGAGAUGUUAGUGCUGAUAAAACAUCUGAACAACGUGCUCUGCUUGUGGAAUCUAGAAGGUGA